CAAAAUUCUCAAGGCAAAGGGUCUUCAAGCUUCAUUCCUUUUGGAGUAUAUUUCUUUCCUUCUUUAAAAUUCAAACUAAGGUUGAGAUCUUCAUGAAUGGUUGAGAUCUUCAUGAAUGGAAGCUGAGAUCUUCUUGUUCCUAUAUGCCUUCAUGGACUUCUCCUUCUUUUGAAUCCAAACAUAUUAAAUAAAAUAGAAUCUAAGUCUCAAAGAAAAUGUUUGCUUAGAACAUCAAGAUGUCAUUUCACAACUUGUCGAAAUAAAUUCUUACAAAUAUAUUUGAUUCAGUGAAGUUAGAUGAAUUUUGGGGGCCAAGUAGUGAGAAGAAGCGGUCACAGACAAGAGACAGCGUGCACUGAACAAGCACCAAUCGAAUGAGAAACAAAAAUGGAGCAACUUCGCAGAACGGCACGAGAAGACGAAGCCAUAGAACAACAGCAAGAAAUUUGGAGCUGGGGCGCCGGCACCGAAGGGCAGCUAGCGACGGGGAGGCUUCGAGAUGAGCACAGCCCGCAGCUCCUCCGUUCUCUAUCCACCCUUGGGCCGCCAAUCAUUUCUCUCUCCUGCGGCGGCGCCCACGUCAUCGCCGUGUCCGCCGGUGGAAGAGUGCUGACGUGGGGAAGGGGCAGUUCUGGUCAGUUGGGCCACGGGGAAACCCUUAACUCUUUGGAACCAAAAAUCGUCGAAUCUUUUGCUGGUUUUGUUAUCACUAACGUUUCUGCUGGCUGGAAUCACUCUGGGUUCGUCUCAGAAGAUGGAGCCAUUUUCACCUGUGGUGAUGGUUCUUUUGGUCAACUUGGCCAUGGUGAUUAUAAAUCUCAAUGUUCUCCUCUAAAAGUCUUGUAUUUUGGCUCGAAAAACGCCUUGCAAGUUGCUUGCGGAAUGCGCCAUUCCUUAGUGUUAAUCAGAGGUAAUGUGGAAAAUCAGGUGUAUGGAUUUGGGUCCGGAAAGCGCGGACAACUGGGUAUUUCUACAGACAAAGUCAAAUUAACUACUCUACCUCAGAUAACCAUGGGUUUGACAAAUAUUAGAAUCAUCAGUGUUGGUGCAAAUGGGGAUCACAGUGUAGCAUUAUCAGAUGAUGGAAGUCUAUAUACAUGGGGAAGAGGAUUUGGUUGUUCUUCAGAUGCGUGUGUUCCUAUCCAUUUAGAUACAAAGUUUUCAAUCGACAAGGUUGCUUUAGGAUGGAACCAUGCUUUAUUGUUAACAAGAGAAAUGGAGCUAUUCAUGCUUGGCGGUAAUCGUCAUGGUGCACUUGGUGACUUGCAAAAACCAUCCUUAUCGGAUAAUGUAGCUGGAAAACCUAAAGAAGGGGUUGUGAAGAUAAUUCCAGAUCAGCACGUGGAUUCAAAAAUACUAAAGAUUGCUGCAGGGGCAGAACACUCGGCUUUAGUAACAGGCAAGGAGUAUUGUACACUUCUAACUAUUUUCGAUGUUUAUCGACUACACUCUAUUAAGUUGCAUUUCAAUUUCACCAUCAUUUGUUCAGAAAAUGGAUCAAUAAUGACAUGGGGUUGGGGAGAACACGGUCAGCUUGGUUUGGGGAAUUCAAAUGACCAAACUGCCCCUCAGUUUGUAAGCUUAGGCAGUAAAUAUGCUGACAAUCAUGCUAUUUCCAAAGUGUAUUGUGGCAGUGGGUUCACAUUCGUUUUGAGGACGUACAAUGAUUAUAAGAUGACGGAAAAUUGAGGAUGUGAGGAAGCAUUUUUUACAGUGAUUACAAAAUCGCUAACAGCCAUUGCUUGAAGUGUGAGAACCUUUCUAAGCUUAUGGAUUUGUGUUGUUUCUUGAAUUAGCUGAUUGAAGUUUUAAAUAUGCAUAGUACCAACUAGAUAACAUGGCGAGUAAGUAAAAGCCAUUACAUAAUUUGUGGAUGUAAGAAGGGGACGAGUGAAUGUAGUUGUAUUUAAAGGCAGAGAUAUACCUCAUUUCCCUUUCAAUUAAUACUGGCAGAAGCUUUUGAUCUUUUCCUUUCGCUUUUAGUUGCGGCAAAUUGCUAGUGUGGAUGGCAAUAUGAUUUUACUAGCUCAAAAACGUUUUCCUUUUUUUUUCCAUUUGGGUUGUGAAGUUAUAGUUGGUCGACGAGUAGUUUACAAAUGGACUUAAACGUCUGUUACUAAAUGAGGAAAUAGAAUUACUUUUAAGCUCAAAUGACUGUUUCAUUCCCAUUUGUCUUUUAUCAAAUGAGGGGCAUUAUUUUUAACCUUAUUAAAUUUGUCAUUUCUAAUUUUUUGCAUUCAUAAUUGUUUUUAUUACCAAUUAUAUUAUGAUACUAGUUCUCCAAAAGGCCUCGUUUUGGG